UCAGUCUUCUUUUGAACGCCGCAGCUGUCAGUUGCUCCAGCUCCAAGCUUUCCAGCUUCAAGCACCUAGCUCCGAAUUUAGAUAUAUUUUUGUAUAACUAACUUACAAAACUCGUGUUGUGCUCGUGGCAUUUGAAUUUAUUGGUCGACGCGUUCGUCUCUUUUUACUUAACGUGUGUCUGUGUAACGUGUUUUGUUGCUGGAAAUUUUUCACGUUUUUUAAUUAAUUAACAACAGCUCGAUAAAAUAAAUAAGCACUGCAAAAGCACCAAGAUGGUUGAUCUAUCGCCAGUACAAGAGUUCUACAAGGACAAGACCGUGUUCAUCACGGGUGCCUCCGGUUUCAUGGGCAAAGUGCUGCUGGAGAAGCUGCUCUACUCGUGUCACUCACUGAAGGAGGUCAUCAUCAUCUGUCGCCCCAAGCGCGGCAAGGCGCCGGAGUCGCGUCUCGAGGAGAUGUUCAAGCUGCCCAUCUUUCAACGGAUUAGAGACGAGCGUCCCGAGAUGCUGAAGAAGGUGACCAUCUAUCAGGGCGAUGUGACCUACGAUUUGCUGGGUUUGAGUGGCGACAGCUUGAAGCAUGUGGUGGACAACACUAACAUUGUGUUCCAUAUGGCGGCCACACUGAAGCUCGAGGGCAAUCUGCGCGAUGCCAUUGACAUGAAUCUGCUAGGCACACAGCGUGCUCUAAAUGUUGCCAAGCAGAUGAAGCAGCUGGAGGCAUUUGUGCAUCUCUCGACAGCCUUUUGCAACUGCGAUCAGGAAGUGAUGUACGAGAAGGUCUAUGAGUUCCCCCACAAGCCCGAGGAUCUCAUGCGUCUGGCUGAAUGGAUGGAUGUGAAGACUCUGGAUGCGAUUACGCCUGAUUUGCUGAAGCCACAUCCCAAUACUUAUACCUACUCGAAGCGUCUGGCGGAGAUCCUAGUGCGCGAUCAUUACGAAACGAUGCCGGUGAUCAUCGCCAGGCCAAGCAUUGUUUCGCCAUCGGCCUACGAGCCCGUGCCUGGCUGGGUGGAUAAUCUGAAUGGACCCACGGGUUUGAUGGUGGGUGCCGGCAAGGGCGUCAUACGCUCCAUGCUCAUCGAUACGCGUCACAAGUCCGAGGUUAUACCGGUGGACUAUGCCAUCAAUGGACUGUGCGUCAUACCAUAUCAGUUUGUGACGCAGCAGCAACGUCCGGUGGAUGUGCCGGUUUACAAUAUAACGUGCGCGGAUCAUCGCAAGAUGCAGUGGGGCGAGGUUAUUGAAAUGAGCAAAAAGAUCGGUUAUCAGUAUCCGAUGGAGGCGGGUCUUUGGUAUCCCGAUGGCUGCAUCACGACCAACAAAUUCCAUCACAAUAUCAAUGUGCUGCUCUUCCAUUGGCUGCCCGCCUAUGUUAUUGAUUUCAUGCUCUUCAUACUCGGCCAGAAGCGUUUCAUGAUACGUGUGCAGAAUCGCAUCUCGGUAGGCUUGGAGGUUUUGCAGUUCUUUACGAUGCGCGCCUGGUUCUUUAAGUCCGAUGCCUACUCUUCGCUCUGGGACAUGAUGAACGCUACGGAUCGGAAAAACUUUAACAUGGACAUGGAUCCCGAAGAAACGAUUCCCAUGUACAUCGAGUCCUGUGUCCAAGGCGGUCGACAGUAUCUCAUGAAGGAGUCACCCGAUUCUCUGCCGCGUGCUCGACGCCAGCUUAUGCUGUAUGAAUCGAAUGAAUACUGCUUGAAAAUAUUCACUUCUUCUUACUCCUUCCCCUCCCUCUCUUUCUUUCUUCCUCUCUCGUUCUCUUGGCGUUGCAAACUUAUAGCAUGUAUAUCCUGGAUCGUGCGUGCAAGGUGAUCAUCGUGGGUUUCCUGGGCUACUGGACAUUCGGGCUGCUGUCACGCCUUGUGGGCGUGUGAAUUAUUUAGCCACGUUAACGAAUGCAGUUAGCCAAGUUAAAUAAAUAUAGUAAUUGCGCGCUUUAUGAUUGUUGCUUAGGUUCGCUUUGUUGGGUACAAGACGUCAUUGAAUUUUAUUUUUAUAUUUAAGCCAUCUUCUUAUCCAUGAAUAUAUCAAAUAUUAAUAAAACGGUUCGAAUAUCUUUAACGAGUGCGAGUUCGAGUGUUGAGUAUUGCUUAAGUGUCCAAACAAACAACGACGAAUAGCCAAAUUGUAUACAGUCAGAUCACACAAAACAGAUACACACUCAAAUGAAUACACUCACGAUAUUCAUGUGUCCCUAAUAUCCUGUUACCCCAAACAUUUCCUCUACUCCAAUAAUGAAUACAGUGAAUAUAUUCGCAACUAUACACAAUCUCCACUCCUGCCCUAUUAUGAAUACAAUGAAAACUCUCCCUUACCCUACCUCACACUCGUAAGUGAAUGCUAUGAAUACACUCAAUAUAUUCAUUUGCGCUCACACAGAUAUACAACACCCAAAAUUUAAAGAAAAUACUAAACACUAAAUUAACACUAAUUACACCACUCCACUAUUGAAUAAAAUGAAUACACUCACUAUACUCACAUGCAUUCACUUCAACUUACAACACCUCAACUAAUUCAAUUACUCAACUGUACACUCUACACUUCACCCACUUGAAUACUUUUAAAACAUUCACUCAUUAUUCACAACACUCACACUUACACUCACACCUAAUUGGCUACGGUUCAUCAACAAUUUUGAUGGAAACGGCAAAUCAUGUUGGGCUUUCCUCGGUAUGUAGAAUCCAUUGACAUUGGUUGAGUGUGACUCGAAUUUUAAUACUUAACUCUUC